AUGAGAAGUGUCAUAUGUGAAGAGGUAAUGAGAGCUGAAGAUACUACAGAUGACCGGACUUCACAGUUUCUUCACUUAGCGAGGACCGUCGUUGAGACUCGAGAAUGGGCUCGACCUCGUUCUCAACAACCUCACGACAAACUGGGCAACGAAGUGACUGAGAUUGAGAACAUGUCACUUACUGCGACUGAUGACAACAUAACUUACCCGGUCGAUGUCAUUACACAUUUUGAAAUCUCUUGCAAUCAGUUUUUCACCCAGCUGCUUCCGCGUGUAUUCAACAUGUUUUUCAAAGCAGUCCGUGUGAGUGUAGUGGUCGCAAGUCAGCGCAGUACUAAAAAUUACGCGGUACCAAUAGUUUACCUUUUCUGGUUCCGAAGGAGGCGCGCUUGA